AACGGAGUCAGUCUUUCUGCGACGCGCAACCUGUUAGCGUCGUGGUAUCGCGUCUUCUCUCGUUUCGCGGUUCUUUCAAUCUUUCGCACGAUUUCUCCGUCUAAUUACUUCACGAUUAUACCCAGCCGUGUUCUCAUUGACGCGAGUAAUACAGUUAAGUACGGAAACAGUUUGAAAAUCGUGUCUCGAUAUCACCGCGAGAAAGGUUACCGAUCGACACGCCAGGUCCGGGUUGACGAACCCUCUCAAAGAGGCGGACACGUCGGUCCCGUAAAAAUGCAGCUCGUCGUCCGAGCGAUCGUUUAACACGCAAUAUAUCUUUGAAUCACGUAGACGAUACUCGCGAAGGAAAAACAUGAAAAUUCAUUGGAAACAAGUAUAUAACUAAACCUCGCGACACCGUUGUCCUUCCGUUGUAGUUGGUGCGACGAGGUAAAAAGGUAGCGAUGUAAUCGAAACGACGCGACGCACUCUGUUUGAUCAACAUCGAGAGAUCAAGUGUCAGUAUCGGAGUCAGAAGAAUUUGAAAGUUCGAUAAAUUUUGUCAAAAGUGAUUGUGUCGAACGAAUGAACAACGAAACACACAUGUUUGGACCGUUUACUACGGUGAAUCGCGUGAGUCAGGACAAAGCGUUUAACGACAUCGUAACGGAUCGAUGGUUGAUCGUUCUGUGAGAAUUCAGUGGUAUCGCGACAAGGGAAUCGAAGCUACAGGAAAAUCUGUAGAUCGGUAUCAAACGUGCGCGGUGAUUGAGUGGUGCCGUUGGCCGAUUUAAUUUAUCUUGUGUUGGCAAAAGGACCCGGAAGCCGCUAUAUUGGAGAGGAAGCGAGAAAGCGGCGUGCCGCUCUUCUGUGUACCGCGGCAGAGGCGAUCGUCGCAACUUGAAAAUAAUGAAGAGAUGAUCGCGAGCCUACCGAUACACAGCGGCGGUGGAGGCGGCGGUGGCAGCGGAGGGCCAAAUAACCGGGUGGGUCGUGGAUUGGCCCUUCACAGGUCCAAUUCUAGCCUGGAGCUUCCUCACAGUCCGGACCCUGGUUCUCGAGUGCCAGAAACUCCCCUCAGGCGGGAGUAUGGAUCUCACGGAAGCAUCGACGUGGUAGCCGCUCAGUCAGUGACGGUUGGCGAGAACUUGUUCGCGAUGCUUCAAGACCUGAGACCAUCGGCAUCGGAUCAGCGAAAUUCGGUCGGCGUGGAUUACCUGAGGCGCGUUCCAGACGGACAAACGAUCGACGCGGACGAGGUUUGCGGGCCGACCGCCGGCUCCAGUCCAAAGCUUCGAUUGAAACUGAACAGACUGUGGGGCGCGAAACCGCCACGGGCCAUGGAGGAAAGUUGUAGCAGCCCCGUGUUGUCGGCCGAUGUCGAGGAGAGGCACAGAAGGCGAGCGUUCGCUCAUUACGACUGCCAAUCGCUCACAGCGAAUCUCGGCUACGCGGCGAAACUGAGGGGUAUCCUGCUGGCUAGGAGAAGAAACACCGCGACCGGAGCUUCUGCCGCGAGCUCCUUCAGGGCUUCCACCCCUGACGAGACGCCCGAGGAGGAUGUCGGGGAUGGAAAAGGUAACGAGUUGUUGGAAUCGUGUCCGUUCUUCCGAAACGAAACCGGCGGCGAAGGAGAGCGAGAAGUCGGUCUAACUCGAUGCUCCCAAGGCAACGGUGUUCACAGACCGUUCUUGGCGUACGGCGUCGCGGUUUUGGAACCGGCACCUGGAGAAACCAGCUGGAAGUACACUUGUCCGCUGCAGAAACGACCGCUCCCGAUCGAGAGCGUCGACGAGGGCGCUCACUAUUAUAGGAGAUACUUUCUCGGCCGGGAACAUCAAAACUGGUUCGGCAUGGACGAACAAUUGGGUCCGGUCGCUAUCAGUAUUCGAAAGGACGCGAACCAAUACAGGAUAAUAGUUCGUACUUCGGAACUGUUGACUCUUCGUGGUUCGGUACCGGAGGAAGCUCUAGGAAUAAGGCCUCAGGGUAGACUACCGACCAGAGAACUGUUGGAACUUGUAGCGCCAGAGGUGCAAUCGGGCUGUCUCAGGUUGGGCACCGCCGCGGCCGAAGAAGCUCUGGCUAGAUUGGACGAACAGGGACUCUCCAAUAGGUACAAAGUUGGCGUCCUCUACUGUAGAUCCGGGCAAAGAACUGAGGAAGAAAUGUACAACAAUCAGCACGCCGGACCAGCUUUCCUCGAGUUUCUCGACGCUAUCGGCCAAAGAAUAAGACUGCGAGGAUUCGAAGGUUACAAAGCUGGCCUGGAUACGAGAACCGACUCGACGGGUACGCACGCGGUCGCGGCGACCCAUCGUGGAGCGGAAGUAACGUUUCACGUGUCCACCAUGCUACCCUUUACACCGAACAAUCGGCAACAGCUGUUGAGGAAGAGGCACAUCGGAAACGACAUAGUCACGAUAGUUUUUCAGGAACCCGGCGCGUUACCCUUCAGCCCGCGAAGGAUACGUUCGCAAUUCCAACACGUGUUCAUCGUGGUCAGAGCCGUUGAUCCGUGUUCCGAGAAUACUCAAUACAGCGUGGCGGUGUCCAGGAGCAAGGAAGUGCCCGUUUUCGGGCCACCUGUUCCACCGGGUGCCACGUUCGCCAAGGGAAAGACUUUUGCCGAAUUUAUUCUGGCUAAAGUGAUCAAUGCCGAAAAUGCUGCGCAUAGAUCGGAAAAAUUUGCCACGAUGGCGACCAGGACCAGGCAAGAGUAUUUGAAAGAUCUUGCGACAAACUAUUCGUCCACUACGAUCGUGGAUACUGGGCAGAAAUUUUCCAUGCUGCCGUUCAGCAGCAAAAAGAAAACGGCCGUACGACCGAGACUAUCUUGCGACGCCUCGCAACGCGGCGCGAUAUGCUGGCAAGUGAUACUGGAGGACAGCAAUCAGAACACCGAUUGUUACCUUGGGAUCAGCAUAGACACGGUCGUUUUAAUCGAAGAACAUUCCAGACAAAUUGUGUUUGUUACUGCCUGCGCGAGCGUACUCGGAUGGCACGCCCAAACGAACAGUUUGAGAUUAUAUUAUCAUCAAGGGGAAUGCAUUACGAUUCACGUGCGCGGCGAUUACGGGGACAGAGACGAACUGAUGGAAAUAGUGGCGCGAUUGAGAGCGGUGACACAAGGGGCGCCCGCUACGGAAUUGUCUUUGAAAAGAAACAGCUUGGGGCAAUUAGGUUUUCACGUGCAACCGGACGGAGUCGUUACGCAGGUGGAAAGCAUGGGCCUCUCUUGGCAAGCGGGAUUGAGGCAAGGUUCUAGGCUGGUUGAAAUUUGCAAGGUAGCUGUAUCCACCUUGAGCCACGAUCAAAUGGUUGAUCUGUUGAAAACGAGCGCUCAGGUCACGGUCACUGUCAUACCGCCGAAUAACGAUGGUAAUCCUAGAAGAGGUUGUUCCCUGCAAAAUUGUCAGUAUUUAUCGAGCAGCUACGAGGGAGACUACGAGAACGUAACUAGUCCGGACAAUACGCCGACUCAGCAGACAGCCAUGUCCCACCAGAGGAGAUACGAGCGAUCUUUCAGUCCACCGAGAUCGAGCAACAGUUCUGGCUACGGAACCGGAUCUAGCUCCAGGUCGUUCAACGAUCCACGCUUCCCUAUGGAGGGCACCAUGACCAGCAGCAGUAGCGGACACAGUAGCACCGACGAUCGCUGGUACGAACUGCUAGAACCGCAAGAUCAAGAGAACGGACAUCGCGCGGACGGUACUCCUCCACCGCCUCUUCCAGCCAGACAAUCUUAUCAAAUAGUGACUCCCAAGUCCUCUCAAAAAAAGGACAAAGAGUCUCACUACGCGAGCAGCAAACAGUUCUCCGAGAAUUUGAAACAUCACGGUCACGAUCACUACGCGAAGGAGAGUAAUUACGUAUCCUCGAAAACGAUACAAGAGAACAACGCCAGACACGAUAAUUAUCAAAGACAAUUGGAUAACGUUCAUCGAAACCAAGAUCACGUCACAUCCAACUACGUGAAACUUCAAAAGGAAAAGUACGAGAUGAAGCAGGAAAACUUGUACGCCUCUCAGAGGGAGCUCCAUAAAAACGAUGUCCAUCACGUUGGUCAUCAGAAAUUGAACGCAUCGAACUCGUUACCGUUGGCUCAAAACGCGGCUUACAGUCUUCCAAAGUCGAACAGUAACAACAAUCUGGGUAGAUGCAACGAGUAUGAACAAUCGAAAUUCGAGUACGAGGGAAAAGCGGAUAGAAGUCCGAAAUACGAAAUGCAGGAUGAAAAAAUGAUGGACAACAGGGUGGCGGUGAAUAAGUACGAGCAGGAUAUUCGAGUGCACGAUAAGAGACCGAUAAACUACGAGUAUCCCGAGGAGGUGUACGAAAGGAGAAACAGUAAGUACGAGAUGGAAAUCGCAAAAUACGAGAUCGAAUGUCAACACGGGAUCAACGAAAGGAAACACGUUGACAACGGUGAACAAACACGCGAAUCCAUUAGAUACGAACUCCCGCACGAGUUCAAAGUCGGCGAGAAGGUAACCUGCUUGAAGACCACCAUCACCGAAAGACCAGUGCCUCACAAGAUAAACGUGGAAUAUCGACAAACGAAAGAUUUCGCCGCCAGCAGUUUACCGCCAGAGGUGAGAAUUCCCGACGUUAAUUGCUCGGAAGCGGCCACUCUACCGAGCGAGGAUGAAUUAUCAAACGGUUCCGGAAGCGUGUCGCCUCGAUUGAGAAGAGCCGGCAAACAUCGCGGCGGAAAUCUUACUCCUUCGAGCGGAAGCUCGAGGAAUCAGAGUCCGAGACCGAAGCCAGGUGUUCGUAAUUCUCACAGGAACUCCGCGAAUCUAACGUCCAGCACGCUUCAAGAAGACCUAAUGAAGCUGAUCAAUCCUGAUUACAUCGCGGACGAUGGCCAAUUAACGAACAACAACAACAACACGACCGGAAACGUAAUGAUCGGCAAUCAAAAUCCGAACAAGAUCAACAACAAUAUGCUCGAGAUUCAAAACAGAUGUAGAUCGAGAGAGAAUUUGUGCGGCGGCAGCGGCAACGCGCUCACCGUUUUGCCCGCGAACGGACAGGAAAACGGAAACGGUGGAUCGGAAGUGAUCCUCACGAUGGCCAGACCGGCAACGGUCAUCUCCAACGCGAGCACAGCGUCUAGUCCCGCGCCGAGCGAAAACAAAUUAUCGAAGGAAGAAAGUUUGAUGCACGCUCUGUUUAGAUUAUCGCCACGCGUUACCAAACCUCCUCAUUCGAUUUCCAAAGCACCGACCAACCUGACGUCCAUCAAAGACACGAAAAAUCACAACGACUCGGACGUGGACUGUUGGCAAAAUCAUCACGUGGACGCUAGAUCGAAACAGCACGGUCAAGACUGGUCUGACGAUAGAUUAAUCGACGGCUGCAAUACCAUCGCAAAUUCUGUCUCGGAUCUGCAAUCUCACUUGUCCACCCUCGAGUUGAGGGUAGCCAGAGAAACGCGUCGAAGGCUCUCCUUGGAAGACGAAGUACGUCGUUUGAGGGACGAGAACCGUCGUCUACAGGACGAAAGCCACGCGGCUGCCCAACAACUUCGACGCUUCACCGAAUGGUUUUUCCAAACUAUAGAUCACCAAUAAGUAUACCUACCCUGAACGAUUCGUAACUACUCGUUCGAUCGUUCUGUGCGAGCAGUAUUAGUUACGCGUUUCCUCGACAGAUCAACGCGCGAAUCAAAGAUUAUUUAAAGCGAUCGCCGGUCGCACGAUUAUAAGUACAUGCAUUUUGAGACGCGCGUAUCGUUUGCGCGAUAUUUUGUACCAUAGACACUUUAUUUUAGAUUAAAGUCGUAAAGAUAUCGUCCAAGUUACCAUCGUGACACGCCCCGUGCACAAGUUGACGGUGAUUCGUGUGCAAGAUUGAAAGAAAAAAGAAAAAAGAGAUAUGAAAAAGGUAUAUAGUAGCUGUUGUUCAUUCGGGGGAAUAUUGUUUCGUUAACGAUGCGCGUUAAUCGCAACAACGUCUCACUUUGAAACGACCAAAUAUUGCUAGUUGUUUAAGAAUCACUUUAACUUCGUCCGUAAUUUAUUACGUGUUUUUGUAUAAUUCAUCAGGGUAUUGUUAAGCGAAACGCGAGGGGUAUUAAACUUUCGUUCAUCCGUUGAGAUAAACAAUUAAUUUCUCCUCGUGAAAUAUCUCCUGUAACAUCGAUAAUAAAUGAAGAAAAAAAAAAAAAAGAAUUCGAUUUCAAUAGGAAAUAAUACAAUGCAACCAAUUAGAAUAAAAUAGUUUAUUAUAAUUCACAGGAAAAAAAACAAGACAUUCUCAUGACGCCUGAAAACUCACUGUUCUGCAUCGAUUAACAAUAGUGUUUAGCCGUGGUUACCACUCUUUCCUGUUCGAGACCAACGGAAAGCCGCAUUCGUGUGUGAGCAAUACCGGAGUAUUUAUUCCACCAUGUAAUCUACGGUAAAAUUUUUUUACGAUAAUUUUCUCUUUAAAUAGUAAUGUAGUAACAGAUUUUUGUCUUCGUGUAUAUAUAUAUAUAUCUAUAAGUGUGUAUAUAUAUUCAUAUGCAUAUGUUAUAUACGCAUAAUCGGAAUACCCGUGUCAACGGAGAAAACCUAAGACCGCUCUCACAUAAUACUCUACCACCGCGUAAGGUUGCAACGAUCGUAGCCUGGUUCGACGUGGUCCGUGGCCAAUGAACAGUAAAUCCUUCGGUUCGGGAACGCGUUCGAAUCUUUAACCCUCGAACGUACGGAGUCGGUUUCGAUAUCAAUAUCGGUUACUUGACUUUUACAAUACUUUUCUCGCGAAUGUGGAAAAGAUUAAAGAAAAUGCUCAACUGUUCGUCCGAGAGUUAAUAAGCAAACUAAUGAGACACGAGAGCAAAACAUAGCUCGUUGUCCGCGACGCGUAUCAUCAAGAUUUUUUACCAGUUUUCGUUUGCUUUUUAAGUACAUCGAGAAGGUAUGCGUGGGAAAUGUAAUUAUUAUUCUCGUUGCGCGUCUAACGAAAUAUACAUGUAUGCCCUGUGCGCGAAGAGGAUCUUCUUCGGAAAAAUUCUAUUGAGUGUGUCGUCGACAACGAGAAACGGUCAAGAGGCUUUACAACGACCGACUCUUUUCCACGUUUUUCCAUCUUCCCCUUAUUUUAUCUUUUUUUUUUUAAACGAGCAAAUUUAACCCUUUAACUCUAAAUCGGGACAUGGUAUAUUAUUAAACUGUUUCAACGUUCGGAUGGAAACUCGCUCGGAGAGAAACAGCACGAGCAGAAACAUGAGCACCAGAGAAGUUACGCGUAGCGCGUUUCCGUCGAAGCGGUGCGUACUGCGAGAAAAAUCAGCGUCAGGACACGGUGAAAUAGUAAAGCGACGAGGCGUCCUCGACAUUAUGGCACGAAAGGCGAAGGUAUCGCUUUACCGGUUUACGCGAACAAAGCUUACGUUUCUCUUCUCUUCGUUUCGAAACGACUUAUUUUUCAAGAAAUCUCUUGUUUCACGAGGAAGCCGUGCAACGACGAGAAGAAAAACGGUAUCGUUCGAUGAUUCGCGAUCGGAGACCGAGGCACAAAAGUUUCGAGACGCGUGGGACAAAACGGACAGGGGCAGCGGAGGUUCUGUAAUUAUGUACAAGAAAUUUCAUCGAUUUCUCCAAACGGGAAUCGAAAAUCAACCGUGCGUUUAACCGAGUCGAACUAGGACGAGAGGAUCGAUGAAAAAUAUCGUUCACCGCCGGUAUACAUUUUUCACCUUUCACCUUUUUCGCGCUUAAUCACUUUGCCAAUUCUCUUAUUUUUCUGCACACCUUUCGAAAAUUCGUGCUCGUCAUCGAGAAUUAAUCUCGAUUCUACCAACGACGCUUCUCCUUCGAUAAAUUGAUCUCGAAUUGGAUAUCGUCCAAACUUUGAUCCCUAAACGCUCGAAUAUUACGAAUAAUAAUAUAUCGGAGAGUAGUACACGCCUCUGCGUCGUAGCUAAUACAAAAAUACUGUUCUGUUGCACCAUUUUUUUCUUUUCCUACUAUUCCUAUUAUUUUACGCAUAAUAAUCCCUGUAGUCUUUUAAAAACGCUCCUUUAUCGCUGUCAAGGGAAACAAAGGGAGGAAACGAAAAAUACUGAAUACGGCAUAUAAGUAUAUAUAUAUACAUAUAUAAAAAAGAAAAAAAAAAACAAAAAAUCACGGUAAGAGGACUCUUUUUCGCAAACACAGCAAGAACAUACGAAAUCAAACGAUCUCGACGACGAUCUCGAUGUACGAUAGCCCUCCGUUUAUAUGGAACGAGACGAUUCGAAAAGUUGAGAUACUCCAGAUACUUAUACCAAAUCACCCUUUCCCAUAAAAUAAUUAAUCCGUUCUCAUGUAAAAAAAAUGAUACCUACAUUAAUUUAGAAUUUCGGCGGAAUUCUAGCGUACAUCGAGACGGUAGUUAGAGAGGGGGGAAAAAACGAAUAAGCAGAAAACUGUGUUUCCUGUUUGGAAAUUAAUAGAUUCGGAUAGCAAUCGGUAAAAAGUCAGCCUCUCGUACGUGUAGAUGAUCGUGCGAGGGCCACGUAUACUCGUAAACGCGCACGUUACCCUCCUCCGUUUCCGAUUUGUCUCGUAACUUUCGAUGAAUUGCGAAGGGAAACGCGACGACGAUACAAUGUUCGAUACAAUCGCGAUAUAAUGCCGUAACGUGCCACACGUAUCCAAGAAAGAAGAAUCUUCGGAAAAAUCUUUUUUCUUUUUCCUAGAUCAAAUCAGUUCAUGAUAUGCGAACGACACGGACUGACGGACUAAUUACUUUAUCUUUUCUUUCUCUCUCUCCCGAUAUUCUAUAUUUCUUUUUUCUUCUUUCUGUACUCGUUCAAUUAAUUACAAUUCAGCAUGGCGAACAAAAGAUUUCAUCCCUUCACUCGAGAGAAAUCACAUUGACGCUCCAAGCCAUUAUUCACUACGAUUAUUCAUCAUAUAAUUGUGUAUAUAUAUAUAUAAUAUAUCAUAUAUUCAGCAUCACAGUAAGAUAGCGCCCUUCAUUAUUAAGUGAUCGUCGAUCAGUUCGGACCAUUUAUAUUCAUUCCCGUUAACAAACAUUCUUCUACAACAACCCGUCUAAACAUUGUCGAAUAAUUUUCAUCUGGCAUCGACGUCGAUGCAAUUGUUACGUACAUGAUCGGUAUCGUGUUCGUAGAACUGAUACGUCGAACUAGCAACUUGUCAGAAAGUGAAAUAAAAUCGUCCGCGUACAACAGGACUGUGUAUCAAACGAGCUGGUCAAAUACUGACACCGGACAAAUGAAAAAAGAAAAAAUAAAAUAAGGUGAGACGAUUAAAUCGACAAUCAAAUUAAAAGAGAAUAGAGAAAGAAAACGAAGUCGUAAAGCUUGAAAACGGAAAACGAUUAACGACAGUCCCCGAUACACCUCGUUACCUUGCACGUUAUCUCGAAAGGAAGAAACUACUUUUUUGUACGUUACACCCUUGCUAAACCUCGAGGAACUUUGUACGUAACGGUACGUACAAGAAUCGAACAAAAUAAUGGAAACGUUUAUUACACGUUUCUUUAAUUAAUACUUUAUCGAUCGGAAGCCUAGUUAGUAUUUUUUCAUGUAAGUGAAAAUCGAUUAGAUAAACCUUCGUUUCAUUAUUUUGUUCGCUCUUCGAAUUCAACGAGCUUUCAAAUCAUACGGUAUCGGUGGACCGUCUACGUUCGAUCUGCUCUACUUACAAAGUAGCAAAAGUAUAGGUUUCUACAAAUACAUACUUAUAAUUACUCUGAAAAUAAAUAGUUAUAAAAAUAAGCGAGCAUUUUAUGCUUAAAAUACCUUAGGUAAAAACUUAAUGUUUAGUUUGCACCACGUUCGGAGUGGAAUGUGUGGUCUCUCUUACUAGAUCGUAAAAGCGUCAUUCUAAUAAAACAUUCAACUAUCAUGUAAAAAAAAAAAACAU